GCGAGAUCAGGUCAAGAGUUUUUCAACUCGCAAACCUUCAUGUAGAACCUUAACAUGAGUCCUGCUCGGCCAAAGUGGAGUCCUCCAGAGUUCAGAAUGAUCGUGGUGCUUCAGUUCAUGGCCUUCGUCCUGGCGCUGGUCUCCACACUCUUCCUCAUCGUGGCCACCUGGACGGACUGCUGGAUGGUGAACGCUGACGAUGACCUGGAGGUCAGUCAGAAGUGCAGGGGGCUCUGGUGGGAGUGUGUGACCAACACGCAGGACGGGAUUCGAACCUGUGACCAGUACGACACCAUCCUCGCCGAGCACCCGUUGAAGAUCGUUCUGACGCGAGCGCUGAUGAUAACGGCGGACAUCUUGGCCAGCUUCGCCCUCAUCAUCCUGGUCCUGGGGCUGGACGUCAUCAAGCUCCUGAGGGAGGAGCCGCACAUCAAGCUGAGGAUAUGCUACUUCGCCGGGUUCAUAUUCGGGCUGGGAGGGAUCCCGGGGAUGAUCGGCUCGGUGUGGUACGCCGUGGACGUGUACGUGGAGCGGGCCACGCUGGUGCUGAAGAACGUGUAUUUGGGGAUGCACUACGAGUUCGGCUGGUCCUGCUGGCUCGCCAUGGCCGGCUCCACCGGCUGCUUCCUGGCCUCCAUAGUGCUCACGUGCUGCCUGUAUAUCUUUAGAGACGCCAGAUCUUCACAGUACCACAGGUCCAUAUACAAGUACGGCAGGACUGCAGCGGGUAAAAAAUACGCCAUGGAUUCCCGCGUGUGA